AUGAUUGAGUCAACUGCUUUGAGUGGGAGGAUGGCCCGAUGGCAGAUCUUACUGUCUGAAUUCGAUAUUGUCUACGUGAGCCAAAAGGCUGUGAAAUGGAGUGCAAUUGCUGACUUUUUAGCUAGUAGAGCUUUGGAGGACUACGAGCCGUUGAGUUUUGAUUUCCCAAAUGAGGAUUUGAUGUGUAUAGUAGCUAUGGAAGAAAGUUCACAAGAAGGUUACAGGUGGAGGCUAAACUUUGAUGGAGCCUCGAAUGCUAUGGGCAACAGAAUUGGGGCAGUCCUAGUGUCCCCGAAUGGUGAUCAUUAUCCUUUCACUUGCAAAUUGGAUUUUGAUUGUACAAACAACAUGGCAGAAUACGAAGCAUGCAUCAUGGGUAUUCGUGCAGCUAUAGAGCAAGGAAUCAAAGUGCUAGAGGUCUAUGGAGAUUCAGCAUUGGUGAUAUAUCAGCUCAGGGGUGAAUGGGAAACGAGAGAUCCCAAAUUAAUCAGUUAUCGAAAGUUGAUCCUUGAAUUGAUUAAGGAGUUUGAGGACAUCACUUUUUGCUAUCUCCCACGAGAUGAGAACCAGAUGGCUGAUGCACUAGCUACUUUAGCCUCCAUGAUCAAGGUGAACAGAUAUGAGGAUAUGAAGCCUAUCCAAAUGAGUAUCUAUGAAGACCCGGCUCAUUGUUACAAUAUCGAAGAAGGGGAAAUUAAUGAUAGUCCUUGGUAUCAAGAUAUAUUACGAUAUGUAAAAAAUCGUCAGUAUCCUGGCCAGGCAACAGAUAAUGAAAAGAGAACUCUGAGAAGACUAGCCAUUGAUUACGUCUUAGAUGGGGAGAUCUUAUACAAGAGGAGAAAAGAUCAUAUACUGUUAAGAUGUGUGGAUGCCUUGGAAGCAAAGGAAAUUCUGGAAGAAGCCUGGCGUACGGAGUCUUGUCACGUGCGGAGGGAGCGUGAAGAGGUGCUUCUGCUGCGGCGCUGGGAACCGAAAUCUUCCAAGAAAGAAGAGCUUGUUUCUUUACUCCAGCUCCAGCUUUCAUUGUUGCUAUCAGCCAUAGCACAGGCUUCUUCACUCUCAGCUCCUUUCUUUUACUCUGGGAAAUCACAAUAUCUUUGCCCUGCAUGUUGGCCACUGAUGGGUGAGAGCCCCAUGAUAUCCUUGUGUUCAAUUUGUUGUUGA